GACGUGGUGGAUCGGCUGGAGCUAAGUUCCGCAUAUCGCUAUGCUUGCCAGUUGGCGCCGUUGUCAACUGUGCAGAUAACACAGGUGCCAAGAACCUGUUUGUUAUUGCUGUCCAUGGAAUCAAGGGAAGACUAAACAGGUUACCAGCUGCUGCUGUAGGAGACAUGAUUGUAGCCACAGUGAAGAAGGGGAAACCGGAGUUGAGAAAGAAAGUAAUGCCAGCAGUCAUCAUUCGGCAACGCAAGCCUUACCGGAGAAAGGAUGGUUGCUUCAUCUACUUUGAAGAUAACGCAGGUGUCAUUGUCAAUAACAAAGGCGAGAUGAAAGGCUCUGCGAUCACGGGACCCGUGUCGAAGGAAUGCGCCGACCUGUGGCCGAGAAUUGCCUCCAACGCCAGCAGCAUCGCGUGAUCAUCUUCUCUGUACAAAGUAAACGAUAUUGUAUUAAAAGUUACGUGAACAAGA